AUGGCGAACCACAAGAUUCCACAGUUCAUACUCCUUGGAGAUUCGAUCCUCCAGUUCUCAAGCUAUCUCCCACACGGUGCCUCCUUGGGAGCUGGUUUAGCAGAACAUUGCAUACGAAGACUAGAUGUUAUCAAUCGAGGAUUAAGCGGGUACAACACCGCGAAUGUGCUGGUUAUCCUUGAAGAUCUCAUUCCAUCUACAGCAGUUGCCAAGGUCGAUUACUUGCUUGUACUGCUCGGUUCGAACGAUUCUUGUCUCCCAAGCAGUCCCUCUAAGCAGCAUGUGCCCCUAGACAAGUACCGAGAGAAUCUCAGGACAAUCCUCACCCAUCACUGCAUCAUGGCUCAUGGCCCGAAGAUUCUUCUCGUCACUCCUCCUCCUGUCAAUGAGGUACAUCUUCAAGAAAACGAUUUUGCAAAAGGCUACUCCGCCCUCACUCGCGUCCAGAAAGUCACUCGUCAAUAUGUAGAUGUUGUACGUGAGCUAGCUGCAGAGUUCAAGGACAAUAAUGUUGUCCUAAUUGAUCUUUGGUCGGCCUUGAUGGAGGAAGGUGCUGAGCUUACUCCGGAUUAUGUGGACGAUGGCAAGAUGAUUGGAACGCUGGAGAAAGGUGACAAUGCAGGCUUGCGAAGUCUUUUGCUCGACGGACUGCAUCUCACUGCCGCGGGGUACAAAGUAUUUCUGAACGAAGUCCUUCCUUUCAUUGGACCAGAAUGGGCUCAAGAAUCAGAGUUCGAUCCAAAAUGGGUCUUUCCCCACUGGAGUGUUGCUCCCCGAAUUGAUAGAGGUUAG